CUGAAAGUAUUUCGUUACUUAAAGUACUGCUCUGUUAUUUCAUUUCAGUUGGGACCCAAGUUCUAUCAAUGCAGAACUGAAAUCAUGGGAAACAAAACGAGUAAGCCCCUGGAGGUGGCAGCUCUCGGAAGACCCUUCCAGCUGGGGAUGCUGUAUGAUUGUCGUGAUGAUUGUCUCAUUCCAGGAAUUACCUUGUGGGAUCAUGAAGACCUUCAAAAAAACACAGAUGAAAGAAUUCAGCACAACACAGAGUUUGAUGUCAUUGCAUCUGAUUCUGUAGAGGAUAAGGCAUGUGCUCUGGAUGUUGAUGCUUCACUAAAAGUGAGUUUCGUAGGGGGACUGGUUGAGGUUGAUGGAUCUGCUAAAUAUCUUAAGGACACAAAGGCUUCAAAAAAACAGGCACGAGUCACCUUGAAGUAUAAAACAACUACGAAGUUCAUGCAGCUGUCUAUGAGUCACCUUGGACGAGGAAAUGUUAAACACCCAUAUGUGUUUGACUGGGGAGCAGGGACACAUGUGGUAACAGCAGUGCUGUACGGCGCUCAGGCAUUUUUUGUUUUUGAUCGAGAAGUUUCAGAAACCGAGAACCAGGAAAACAUUGAGGGGAAUCUGCAAGUGAUGAUAGACAAAAUACCAAAAUUGUCAAUCGAAGGGGAGGCUUCCUUAGAGCUGACAGACACUGAAAAAGCUACUGAGGAAAAGUUGUCUUGUAAAUUCUAUGGGGAUUUCGCUCUCAAACAGACCCCUGUUUCCUUCCAGGAUGCUGUAAAAAUAUACACAACACUUCCAGGUCUGCUGGGUGAAAAGGGGGAAAACGCUGUGCCAGUCAGGGUGUGGUUACUCCCCCUGGAAAUCUUAGAUUCUUCUGCUGCCAGAUUAGUGCGUCAAAUCAGUGUCAGAUUAAUAAAUGAAACACAGAACGUGAUAGAGGACUUCAGUGAAAUAGAAAUGCAAUGCAAUGAUAUUAUGAAGAGAAAGGUUCUUUCAUACUUUCCUGAGAUUGGAAGAAAGGUAAAAUCCUUCAAGGACAUGUGCUUGGAGUACAAAUCAGUGUUUCAGAGAUCUUUGUCAAGCAUUUUACCAUCAAUUCGUGGAGGUGGAACAGAGGAAUGUGUGCUUGCAAACAUCCUAACAAAGAAGGAACAGUCUCCUUUCAAUAGCAAUAAACUUAAGGAAUGGCUGGACUGCAAAGAGCAAGAAAUCAACCUGCUCCAAACAUACACUGAUAUGAUGGAAGACACAAAAAUUCUGGCAUCAAAGAGUGAGCUAGAAAGUGAAAUCUUGAAAAACAGAGAUAAGCAUGUAGUGUGUUUUGCAUUUACAUCAUUGGGUGAAGAGGAGCCGUAUCUGCCCUGCUUACGGAGUCACUUAAAGGCUCUUUCAACUGCAAAGCUAACAGACCCAACAGAAGAAGAUGGGAAGGAUGUCGAGCCGAGUGAGUUUUACCUCUCAGAUGCAGUGUCAGAAAAAAUGAAAGAACAAGUAUUCCUCUUCAUGGAUUUUGUAAAGGCAAACAAGGAGAACAAGAAAACACACUUUAUAUCAGCAUCCAUACCUAACGAUAAGUACAAAGGGGCAAGUAUUUACCUUUACACAGAUGGGAUGAAACAAAGUGACCAUUUUGAGCCUCCGUCAAAACCAGAAAGACCAAAUCCAUCUGACGUCACUCAUGACAGUGUGACAAUAAAGCUGAAUCAUCCCCAGUAUGGAUCCAGUGAAAUCACACACUACCUGGUUGAAUACUGUGCUAAUGAGUCAGAUGUCUGGCAAAUUAUUAAAGUACCCAAAUCUAACCUGGAAUGUACUGUGUCUGGACUGCUUCCCCACACAGGCUACAGGAUGGACAGAAGCCCCCAGUUCUAG